UGAGGCUUGUGGGUCGCUGAACCCAGCCCUCAGGACAGACUCCUCACCAAUGGGGAUCUAGGUGGCACCCCGAGUCACAGUACAGCUGGCUAGAGGCAUGUGGCGCCCGCACAGUGUGUUGGGAGGCAUGGCAUUUUGCAGGCAUGCAGCUAGGUCCCUGCCUGGCAGAGUUGGCAGCCUGAGUUGGAUGACUCGAGCUCGGAGCAGCGCCAAGGCAGAGUCCCAGGCCAGCGACGAUGAGGCAGCCAGUGAAGUACUGAGUCACUACAGCAGUGCUAGUGAGAGCACCAGCAUCGCUGAGGAGGGGGCCGGGAGUGAUGCUGUGGACGAGCAGGCCCAGCAGGAGGAGGUGGAAGACAAACUGAAGGAGUGCAUUGACAACGUGACAGACAAGAGCACCAGGACCCGGCAGGUAGCCCUGGAGAGCCUGCGGCUGGCUUUCUCCUCCAAGACGCUCUUCGACUUCUUGCUGGAACGCAGGCUCACGCUCACAGACUCCUUGGAGAAGUGCCUGAAGAAAGGUAAAGGGGAGGAACAGUCUCUAGCUGCUAGCGUUCUCACACUACUGUGCCUGCAGAUGGGCUCGGGCCCCGAGGGGGAGGAAGUGUUCCGCAGCCUGAAGCCCCUCCUCAUUAGCAUCCUGACUGACUCCUCGGCCAGCCCCAUCGCUCGCCAGAGUUGUGCCACAGCCCUGGGUAUGUGCUGCUACAUCGCUGCUGCGGAUGUGGAGGAUCUUGUUUCCUGUCUCACCAGCCUGGAGGGCAUCUUUGGCACUUCCUGCCCAGAGGAGGGCAGCUCUGUCCCCACCCACCACAGCCCCCUGCUCCAGACUUUGCACUGCAGUGCCCUCCAGUCCUGGUCCCUGCUCCUUACCAUCUGCCCCAGCUCCCAGAUCAAGAAGAUUCUGGACAAGAGCAGUUCUUCUGUGAGGACACAGACCUGCUGUGCAGCAAGCUCAAAGCCCUGGCCACUGACAGCAACAAGUAUCGGGCCAAGACGGACAGACGCAAGCAGCGCUCGAUCUUCCGCGAUGUGCUGCACUUCAUCGAGAAUGGUGAGUGCCAUGAGGAGACCAUCAAGUUUGGCCUGGAGUGCAUGUACGUGGACAGCUGGGUCAGGAGAAGAAUGUACUACGCCUUCAAAGAGGUGCUGGGCUCCGGGGUCAGGCAUCACCUGCAGAACAACGAGCUGCUGCGUGAGAUCUUUGACCUGGGGCCUCCUCUGGUGCUGGACGCUGCAGCUAUCAAAGCCAGUAAGAUCUCCCGCUUCGAGAAGCACCUGUACAACUCGGCCGCCUUCAAAGCCCGGACGAAAGCCAGGAGCCGUGUGCGCGAUAAGCGAGCCGAUGUCCUGUGAUGGAGGCCGCUCCCUCCGCCGCCUCCUGGACAACCAACGGACUGCAGACCCCGACCACUGUGACACAGGGGAGGAGCUGGGGGAUGGGGCUCUCAGCCCUCCCAGCUCAUUGGCUCCUGCUGUGCCCUCACCCCCAGCCAGGGGGGCUUUUAGACAUGUACAGACUUGUAUUUAAAUAGCAUGGCUGGUGGAUCCCAGCAAGAGGGUUAUAGGGCGGUUUUAUUUUUUUAACCCAAAAAAUGUAAGUGAGAUUUGGGUGUGGGGGAAGCCCCUCGUUUUAGCUGGUGAUUUUAGCCUCCUCCGGCCACCUCCCACUCCUGCAACACAUUGGGCUAUCCAGGUGCUGUCCCAUGGAAAUGCUGUGAAUCAGUGCACAGCCUGUGGGGCAGGCUGGAGGCAGUAGGGAAGGGGAAGGGAUUUUCAGCUGAGUGUCAUGUUCUCUCCCCUGCUGUGGGAGCUGUUUGGCUUGGCUGGGUGAAGUGGGAAUUGGCAAUUGAAGUGGCUGGUGAAAUGCUGAGCGUGUGCCAUUACAGGAGGGGCUGUUCCCCCUCCACUCUCCCUGUUCCUCAGUUACCCCCACCUAGCACCCAUGUUCCUGCCCUGCAGUCCCAAUACACACAUGCUUUGCAUUGGGCACCUCCUAUGUGCACAGGUCAAUCAGCUCUUCCCCUGCCCUUUCAGUAGCCAUGAGCAUGGCUCAGAAUGUGCCCAAGGGGCUGUGGGCCAUCAGCAGCCACUGGUUUGAGAGAAAUCCCCAACCACCGUCAGGGUGGAACUAACAGGGCCCCAUGGGGGUAGGGCCACUACUGAGGAGCUGCUGCUCCCCUUGGGUGCUCUUGUUUUGAGGGUCUUGGGGUUCAUCUCCCAUAGCGAGGUGCAGGGGAGGGCAGAGCAUGCAGUGGGGAUCGCUUGCUGAGAGGGGUUGAUGCAGUCCCUAGUGUACGGUGAGUGGGAAAUGAGAUCCCUCCACCCUGGGGAGAAGCUGGAGAUCUUGGAGCAAGCAGCAGCCUGCUUGGGGCCCUGGGCUCCUGGCUGCUAGGAGAGGAGGAUGGGGACUGUGGGUGAUGAAGAAGGCGGGGCCUAGAACUGAGCACGGGAGCAGGCUACCAGCACAUAUUCCCCCAACUCUGUCCCUGCUGGACAGAUCUCACCCCAUUUUAGUCAGGUCUGACUCAGUCUAAUAACCAAUGGAGUGCACAGCCUGGACUAGCCCCAGCCCUGUCUGCCCCCCACCCCCAAGCUGAGAGAAACUGAGCAGGUGGGAAAGGUGAAACUGGCCAAGCUGAGGGUGCAAAGGGCCACGGUAGGGGCAAGGCAAGCUUUGUAAAGGCUCAGUGAGGCAUUGUGGGGCUGGGAACAUGCUCGCUUUAACCAGGCAUUGUCUCUUUAAAAAUCCCCCUUAGAAGUGAUUCUUCUUCUCCCCACACUCUGACCCCUCCCCCAAACCACAAGCAGGCUUAGUGGGACUCAGGGCCGGCUCUAGGCACCAGUGUCCCAAGCAUGUGCUUGGGGUGGCACUCUGGCCUUUUUUGGAGCCAGCCCUGGUGGGACCCUACAGGCUGUGCUGGGAGGGGAGGGUCCCCUGUUUCUGUAGUGCCCCCUCUUGCCUUGCUUAGCAAGUGCUUGUGGGGGGUAAGGCCAGGAAACACCCUCCCUCUGGCCUCUCUGAGAGCUGCAAUUUCACUUUCUUCUGAGCUCUGUUGCCUGCCUGUUGGGUGUUGGGCCCCCUCCCACUAGCCUCUGCUCAGAGCUAGGGGAAUGGGGUCAGCCACCCCCUGCCAGGAAGCAUCUCAGCUGGAGUGCAUUGAUGGUGGCUCCCCGCCUGGGUUGAGGCCUUCCCUAUGGUCUCCCUCUGAUAGCACAAUGGUCAAAACUGGCCCAGGUGCUGUCUGGCUAGCAAGGUCACAUCAACUUCUCGCUGUUGCUCUGCUGGGCUGGGCUGGGCUGGGCUGGGCUGGGCUCUGCCAUAACUGGGGGGCACACAAAGCACCUGUGCCAGGGGGAAGAAAGACAGACAGCAGGGGAAGAGUGAGAUGGGACAGGGCAGCAGCAUAGCCCAGCUCAUGCUCUGUAUCAUGGAAGGACAAGGACUUCGCUGAGGGGAGUCCAGGGCCUCCUGGUGCUGCUGUUCUGAGAGACCUCUUCCCCCCUGGGCCAUUGGGGUGCUCACCCCAUUCUACAGGGCUUCCCUGGAAUGGAUUGCUGGAGUGGUUUUAUAACAGGGUGAUGAGCAGAGAUUAUUAAAAGGCAAAUGGCUGG